AUGGCCAACUUCCUCGCCUCCAUUUUCGGUACGGAGCAGGACAAGGUCAACUGCUCCUUCUACUACAAGAUUGGCGCCUGCCGGCACGGCGACCGCUGCUCGCGCAAGCACGUCAAGCCGUCGUACUCGCAGACGAUCCUGCUGCCGUCCAUGUACCAGAACCCGGCGCACGACGCCAAGAACCCGAACCGGCUGACGCCCGAGCAGUGCGCCAACCACUUUGACGCCUUUUACGAGGACCUGUGGUGCGAGCUGUGCAAGUACGGCGAGGUCGAGGAGCUCGUCGUCUGCGACAACACAAACGACCACCUGAUUGGCAACGUCUAUGCCCGCUUCAAGUACGAGGACUCGGCCCAGCAGGCCUGCGACGAGCUCAACUCGCGCUGGUACGCCGGCCGCCCCAUUUACUGCGAGCUCAGCCCCGUUACCGAUUUCCGCGAGGCCUGUUGUCGUCUCAACUCGGGCGAGGGCUGUGUCCGAGGCGGCUUUUGCAACUUUAUCCACCGCAAGAACCCCAGCCCCGAGCUCGACAAUGACCUUACUCUCUCUACCAAGAAGUGGCUCAAGGAGCGCGGCCGCGAUGCAAAGAGCGUCAGCAGGAGUCCGAGCCCCGAACCUACGAGGAAGAGGUAUUAA